CGCGCCUGACAAUGGCUGUCAAACAGCCGUGACAGUCAAAAACAGUGAAGUCACGGCGAGAAGAUAAAUUUCUGUGCAGAUAAUUGCAUUUCCGCAGCAAAAUACAGCAUGAGUGGCCCAAUAUUUGGCAACACAAGCUCCUCGGGGCUCUCGUCCACCAACAACAGUCGCCACUUGGUGGAGUUUCGCGCCGGUCGGAUGAAUAUGGUGGGCAAAAUGGUGCAUCCGGACACACGAAAGGGACUCGUGUACGUGUACCAGUCGGACGACGGACUGAUUCACUUCUGCUGGAAGGAUCGCACCACCGGCAACACCGAAGAUGACCUCAUCAUCUUUCCCGAUGACUGCGAGUUCAAGAAGAUCGAGCAGUGCACGUCCGGACGGGUGUAUCUGCUGAAGUUCAAGUCCUCCUCACGGAAGCUCUUCUUCUGGAUGCAGGAGACGAAGACGGACAAGGACGAUGAGUGGUGCCGUCGCAUCAAUGAUGUCAUCAACAAUCCACCAACGAACAUCCCAUCCGGAGGCCGUGGAUCGGACAACAGUGAUUUGCAGUACAUGCUGAACAACAUGAGCCAGCAGCAGCUGAUGCAGCUCUUCGGCGGCGUAGGGCAGAUAGGUGGCCUGAGCAGUCUAUUCGGCGGAAAUGCGCGCACCUCGGAGAGUUCCUCGGCCAGGAAUACGCCAUCGGGAACGGGUAAUGGGGGCUCUGGCGGUGCCAGUGCAACUGCAGUGACUCCACCACCAGUAACCAGUUCAGGAAGCGCAGCCGCAGCACCCAAGAAGACCUCCUCCUCCAACUCCAGCAGGGCCACCAACAACGGCACAUCAUCCGACAACUCCAACUCAGCGUCGGACAAGACCAACGUCCUCCUAAGUGAACUUCAGAGCUACUUGUCGGAAUUUUCACCUUCAGGAGCCACGGGCAGUCAGAGGAAUCGCGGCGUGAAGCCUGUGGAACUGUCAGCUAUCCUCAAUACGGACUCCCUGAACAAUAUCCUCUCGGAUGAUUCUUGUCGUCAGAGCCUAGAGCCUUUCCUGCCCAAGACGGCCGCUAAGGAACCCGUGGAGCAGCAGAUCCGUGACACAGUGGCCUCACCGCAGUUCCAGCAGGCACUCUCCAUGUUUAACAAUGCCCUGCAAAGUGGCCAAUUGGGGCCUGUGUUUUCGCAGUUCAACCUGGGCGUGGAGGCUGUCACGGCCGCCAAUGAUGGAGACACGGAGUCUUUCUUGCAGGCGCUUGAGAAGAGUCUCACGGACCAGCCGGAGACCAAGGCGGAGGAGAAAUGAUUUGCAGGCACUGCUUCGCUACAUUAACCUUCUGUUUAAUAUGAGAGCCACUUUUUCUGCUCAAAAUACACUGAGUUUCGCAUAA